GUUCGGUCCGGUACCGGUUCUCAUUUUAUGAGAACCGGUCAUGGCAUUGUUUGGAACCGGUUCGGUCCGGUUCGGGACAGAAAAUUUUGAGAUCCGUUUCAAACCCCGUUUAUCGGUCCGGUACCAUACCGAUCCGGUUCGGUAUCAUGCCGGUUCGGUAUUUUUGCCCACCCCAGUCAAGUCUGAUCCUUGACAAAAAUCAGCCAGUUCUCCUGCACAACUUUUUAACUUCCUCUUGGGCAGCAUAUCCGCCAGUUCUCUUCUCCCUUGACGCACACUUCCUCUUCCGCAUCUCAACGAGAAUGGGAAAGUCUCCCGUUGCUUCCAAGGUCGCUGAAGCCUCUAUGAAUUCCAAAGGUUCAUCAUCUCUACAAGCUUUCGACGUCAGAUUCUCCAGACCAUCUUCCAUGAAGGACAAAGACAUGAAGAAAAUCAAAUCGGUCUAUGGCUUCCCGGAAUCCUCCUGCUGGUUGGGUUGGAUUCAUGGCUUCAAAAUAGGUACUUGUUUCCCUCUUUCUCCUUUAAUUAGGGGAUUCCUCGAACUUGUUAAGAUGUCUCCAACUCAAAUAAUGCCGGCCUCAAUCAUAGAGGAUGCUCCGAGCCCUUGGAGUUCUGCCCGUGAAAUUCUCUCUUAAAUUUGCGGCGGAUGACUUGGAUUUUACCUACAACUUGCGUCAUUCGGGGACUUGUUCUAGUUGUGAAAGAGAAGCGAGAGGUUAUGAUUCAUGGUGCCGACAAUGUAAACGAUCAUGGUAGGGUGAGCAAAUAUUUUUUUUGUUGAAAAAGCUUCCUUGGGUUCAAGUGGCGAUUUGUCAGAGGAGCGACUCAAAGACUAUGGUGAGUGUCGUAAUCCUCUUUUUGUAUUUUUAAUAUUUAUUACUGUUUAUUACUACGUAUUUUUUCUUUCUUUUCUUAUAUAUCUCCACGUCCAUAAUUCCAUAUAUUGUUUGGCCUUUUAUAUUUGUACUACGUGAGUUCAAUGAUGUUUUCGAUGUAUAUAUCUUGUGUUCGUCGUGUUUGCGUAUUGUUAGGUUCACAAAGACUUUAACCAUCCCAUUUCAACCCGACGCAGAGAAACAAACCGCUGAGAGCCUGAGAUCAUAACUUUGGACGCUUCGUGCAGGUCAUAUGGUGUCUUAGGCCUAAAACCCCAAGGUAACAAUACGGGUCUGUUUGCAAUCAAUUAAAAAAAGUCCUUUUAACUUUGUUUUAAAGAAAAAAACACCUAUUUUACCAAACACUACCAACUUUUUCUUUCUCGGCUUCCGUGAAGAAUCCACUUUUUACUUUUUCUAUUACACAAAAAGCACUUAUUUUACCAAACACUACCAACUUUUACUACUAAUCACUUUUUUCCCAAAAGUACUUUUAUUUAAGCACAAGUGGUUGCAAACAAAGCCUACGUCCUCUCUAUGUGAUUCUAAAAACCUUUUUGUGGUCGACUUGAUAGUCGAAUUGAGGAGAUCUUCAAAGCGUGAAUGUCACCAUACUAAUCAAGGCAAAGAAAUUUCGAUCAUGUUAGUAGUAGACUCCGACGAGGAAGAUGAAAGUAGCAGGAAUGACUGUGAAGAGGGUAAAGAUACUUGCUCCAAAAAUAACUCUUCAAAGAUCGAAGUGGAAAUCCCUGCGCGCCGGCUGUAAUGAGGAUAAGUUGAUGCAAAUUGACCUAUCAAAAGUUGUUUUUUCCUCCGUGGAUGGCCGCCGUGCUCCUUUCGCUGGAGAGCUUUUAGCUCGUGCCACAUCCCAGAAGAGGAAAUUGUCAGUCCUUCGUGACGCUGCCAGAUCCAACAAGUUGUCGAUUGCUUUUCGUAUGAUCGUGCCCCCAAUUUUGAGUUUGAGUAUUAUUGGAACAGGAUGGUGACUACUUUCAAUUAUUCUGAUAAUCCAUGGUUGAAGAAACUUUAUGGAAUUAGGGAGAAAUGGUGUCCAACAUUUUCAUAAGAGUACUUUUCUGCUGGCAAUUUAUCCUCACAAAGAAGCGAGUCAACGAAUAAUUCUCUGUCUAGAAAGUUGAAUGCAACGUCCUCUCUUUGUGAUUUCUAUCAUUUCUUUUGUGAAGCUGUUAGUGAAUGGCGGAGUCAUGAGAGAUCAGUUCAAGAACGUUGUUAGGAUGGCUUCCCCGAGAUAGCAAUCUCACAUCUUGGUAUAUUACAUGCAGCUUCUCGAAUUUACACGAUUAAUGCUUACAAGCUGUUUGAGAAGGAGUUUGUUCAUGCUAUGUCUUUGAAACAUGAGGUUAGACAUUGUGUUGAUUCUGUUAUUGGAUAUUUAGUAUGGAUGGCUCAUAUUGAUCAGUUUUCACAUUGGGUUUCAUAUCACACGUCAUGUAAGAGAUUUCAAGAAGUUGGUAUUUUGUGCUGCCAUAGUCUUCGUAUAUAUCAUAUCCACUACAUUGAAGUUCUUCUUGAUUGUUAUGUUUUAAAACGUUGGACUCGAAUAGCAAAGUCAGUUGAACAAAGUUAGUCAUUUAUGAUAUCCAACAUUUCUAAUGUUUUGCCUUCUGUUUGAAGAAUGCAAAUGCAAAGGAAACUUCACAAACUUUUGUGUUCUAGUGAUUCUAAUGCGUCAGCGAGGCUGCUUCGUGAAGAAUCGUUCAAAAAGUUGAAACAUGAUGUUGAAGAACAAGUUGGCAGUGCAUGUUUACUUCUCAGACAGUGAUUCAGCUUCAAUUAGAGUUGGUACAAUUUCUAAUCCCAAAGGUUCGAGGAAAAAAGGUGAAAGAAAUGUUCGACGCAAAAGUAUUGUUGAGAUUAAAUCAAAUCAAGCGCGAGGAAGGAAAAAGUCAACUACAGCAAGUACAUCAAUUAUUGACCCUUGAAAAUUGUAAACACUCUUAAGAGCUUUAUAUUUGGUUAAAUACUUGUUAUAUUAUUCAAAGAAGUACAUGUUGUUUGAUCUUUUAUCUUUAAUUUUAUCAUCAUUUUAGUUUCUGUUAUGUGCAUUUUUAGACUUUACAUGUGUUUCUCU